CAUCAUAAAAGAACACAUGGGCAGCACUCGGUGUGCGUAUUCUGGGCGGUCGGGUGCGUCUGUUUAUCCAGUUGUUCUGUCUAUAACACUCGAUACUCGAAGUUUGAGAUCCAACCCGUUUCUUUUUAUGCUUACUGUUCAAGUGAUCCAGGCUUUCAAGAUAACCCACCCACUACAAUGCAUCAUAUUCCGCACGAAACAGCUCCACGCCACCUUCGCUUCUUGAUAGCGGGAAGAUCGUGGCAAGACGUCUUUACAAAAUAUGUCAUCGUCUUUUCUUCUCUUCCCUUGCCUACGCGCUGGACCUUCAGUUAUUGAUAGUCCCGAGAAAAAAGAAGAUGCCUCUGGCAUCCCUCCUUUCGCAGGAUUGUGGACUGAUAAGCUAAAUAAGUCAGCUGCGAGAACAGGUGUCCAGCUUUCUUUAGUUAGCUCCUCCUGGAGUGCUACUACAGUGCCUCUAGAAUGUAAUGAAGCCCAUAUAUCCAGCACACCAGCGCAACACGGGCCAAAUCUCUCGCUUUCUCAAUUCAGACCAUCCAACUACUGCUUCACGCAUGUCAUACUAGCACUAUCUCCCGAAGUUGCUACGGUGGUGCACGUACUAGGUCCUAGGGCAGAAAUUGGUAUGCCACGAUGCCUGCACCCUUCCCUGGGCCGCCUCUCGACCCCUCCAUUUCUCUCUCUCCCAAAUAUGACGCAAUGCGGAAGAUUGAAGCGUUGUCUGCGCUCCUCGUGCAUCUCGACCCUCAGGGCUAUGAAUUCAGCCAUGGUAUCUACGGAAGCGUACAGUAUUAUUAUCGUGUACCCUGUACCCACCCUAAAAUGUAGCUUAUAUGCAUGGCUAGCUAAAGCCUUCCCUGUGUAUGCGACAUCGAUCACAAAGAGGAACGUGUUGUAAUGUACAUAUUUCAGUCUGCAGAACACCAAGAAAGCACAGAAUACAACCAAAAAGCGAACGAA